GAACUCGUUUUUUGCCGAGUACCGCGCAUGCGUAUUCUACCUGCAUACGUGAACGCGCUCUUUGAGCUCGCGCGUCUACGUAGCACGGAGUGUCCCGAUCACGUGACAGGCUGUUGGCAUCCCCACAACGCGCAGGCGCAAAUUUUUGAAAGCUGGCGCGAUCGGAAGUAACGGAGGGGACCGUGUUCUUGUUGUGUGCUGGUAACGGGAGCGCUAUAGAGCGAAAAUGACGGGGGAAAAGAAAGGUCUCCAGAUCAAAGAAGCGUUUGACCUGGCACAGAAGCCGCAUCAGAAUCUUGCCAAGCUGGUGUCUGCCUUGAGGGUCACUUAUGACAAGAUAGAAGACAAGUCCAUUUUUCUGGAGGAGUUUACUCAUUACCUAAAAUACCCUCUAAUAGUCUACAGGAGGGAACCGGCUGUAGAAAGGGUGAUGGAUUUUGUGGCCAAGUUUGUAACCUCGUUCCACAACAGUGACAGCGAGGAAGAAGAUGAAAUGGAUGAGGAGAACUCCCCUGUGAAUUACCUCUUCACCUUCCUCCUGCAGUCCCAUGUUGCCAACAGCAAUGCGGUGAGGUUCAGAGUUUGCCAGCUGAUCUAUAAGCUACUGGUAAACCUGCCUGAAAAUGCUCUGAUUGACGAUGAUUUGUUUGACAAGAUCCAUGACGCCAUGCUUAUUCGGGUAACAGACAGAGUACCCAAUGUUCGCAUUCAGGCAGUACUGGCUCUGGCCAGGCUUCAGGACCCAAGUGAUGUCAACUGUCCGGUUACCAAUGCCUACAUGCAUUUGCUGGAAAAUGAUCUCAAUGCAGAAGUGCGGAGAGCGGUGUUGUCUUGUAUCGCUCCGUCUGCUAGGACUUUGCCAAAGAUUGUUGGUAGAACCAUGGAUGUAAAGGAGCUUGUGAGGAAACUUGCAUACCAGGUUUUAGCAGAAAAGGUCCAUAUAAGAGCGUUAACGAUAGCACAGAGAGUGAAUCUCCUGCAACUGGGGCUCAAUGACAGAUCAGAGGCUGUAAAAGAAGUUAUGCAGAAGAAACUGUUGCAGGCCUGGCUGAAGUACACAGAGGGGAAUGUCCUAGAGCUGCUGCACCGUCUGGAUGUGGAAAAUUCUCCUGAAGUUGCCGUUUCUGCACUCAAUGCCAUGUUCGCUCUUUCCUCUGUCGGUGAACUUGUUGAGAAGUGUAAAAACGUUGAUGAAAGGAAACUGAUCCCUUUGGAGUCUUUGAGUCCAGAAAACGUAUUGUAUUGGAAAGCGCUUUGUGAGUACUUGAAGACAAAGGAUGAAGAGGGGGAGGCUGCACUUGAGCAGAUUUUACCAGAGCCGGCUGUGUAUGUGGAGUAUUUGCUGAGUUAUCUUCGUACACUCCCUGUUCUCACAGAGGAAGAGAAGGCAGACAUGACUAAAAUUGAAGACCUGAUGACUAAAGCAUUCAUAGGCCAGCAGCUGAUUCAUAUAAUAGGCUGCCUGGAUACCAGCGAAGAGGGAGGAAGAAAACGUCUUCUUGCCGUGUUACAGGAAAUACUCAUCAUGCCGAAUGUUCCAACGUCUUUUAUUUCUUCUUUGGUGGAAAUCUUGCUUAAUAUUCUGAAAGAUGAUGACCGCAGAAUUAUAACCGUAGCAGAAAUAAUUUCUGAGCUCCGAGAGCCAAUUGUCACAGUUGAUAACCCACCAGAUGUUGCAGAAUCUAGAAAAUUGCAAGUAAAGAUUGCCGAUGUGAAGGUGCAGCUUAUCGAAACCAAACAAGCUUUAGAAGAUUCCAUAAAUUCACAAGACUUCAGCCGUGCCUCCGAAUUAAAGGAAAAGGUGGCCGAUCUGGAGAAACUAAAAGCUCAGCUGAUUAAAGAGGCAGAAGAGCCAGAACUUAAAGAAGUCCGUGUGGAAAAGAAUGACCCUGAAACACUCCUUAAGUGCCUGAUCAUGUGCAACGAGCUGCUAAAGCAUAUCUCACUUUCUAAAGGACUUGGAGGAACAUUGAAUGAGAUUAUUCAGUCACUGAUCCUACCAGGUAUAACCAACGUUCAUCCAUCUGUAAGAAACAUGGCUGUCUUAUGUAUUGGAUGCUGUGCAUUACAGAACAAAGAUUUUGCAAAGCAACACCUAACCCUGCUGUUACAGAUUUCACAACUUGAUGAUGUCAAGGUACGGACCAGUGCCCUGAAUUCAGUCAUUGACCUUCUUCUACUUUUUGGACUCGAAAUUUUUUCAAAAUCAAAGUUAGAUGGAGCUGAAAAUCCGCAGAAUAAUCCUGAGGAGCUAAAUGAAUCAUCUGAGACAGAAGAAUUAGACUCUAAUAAUCCCGAGAAGAUAAAUGAACCAUCUGAACCUGAAAAAUCAGACUCUAUUAAAACUCAGGAAGAGGAUGUAGAAAAAGCGUCAACUGUAAAUGCCAUUUUAACACUGUUUGCUGAAUUUCUAGACAGUGAGAUUCCAGAAAUAAGGACUGAAACAGCAGAAGGCUUGGCAAAACUUAUGUUCUCUGGAAGACUGAUCAGUUCCAAACUCUUAUCUCGUUUAAUUUUACUUUGGUACAAUCCGGUGACAGAUGAGGAUACAAAAUUGCGCCAUUGUCUGGGGGUUUUCUUCCCCAUAUUUGCUUAUUCUAGUCGAACCAAUCAGGAGUGCUUUGCGGAAGCUUUCCUUCCCACCCUAGAAACGCUGUUCAAUGCUCCGGCCUCCUCUCCACUGGCCGAUGUUGAUGUUUCCAAUGUUGCUGAACUCUUAGUCGAUCUUACAAGACCAAGUGGACUGAAGCAACAAACAAAAGCUUCUCAGGACUAUCAGAUCUCCACUGUUCAUGACAACCUGGCUUUAAAAAUGUGCAAUGAAAUAAUGAAAGAUCUUACUUCUCCAGACGUUCGCAUAUAUGCAAAAGCUUUGUGUUCUCUUGAGCUAUCAAAAGAAUUGGGAAAAGAGCUGCUUCCUAUACUGGAUAGUGCACUGGAGGAUAUUAUGGAUAAAGUUUGCUUAAGAGCACUAGAAAAGGUCAAGAUCCAACUGAGUGACAAUAAAAUUCCAAAAGAAUCAAAGGAAGUGGUUUUGGUAUCUCAGGAAGCCUCUGCAACUAACGAACCGGAGAGCAGGGAAGCCAAUCAGAAUGAUGAAAACGAUGAUGUGUUUGAGGUACAAAAGACUGUCAGAGGCAAAGCUACCCGAGGUCGUAAAAAAGCUGCUUCUGCAAGUACAAGGAAAAAGAGCAGCAGAUCUGUAGAUCCUGUGACUGAAGGGGAGGCUAAAGAAGCAGAACCGGUCCCAGUUGCUACAAGGCCAUCACGAAGAGCUAAAAGCAUAGCUAUGGAGAAAACAAAAAUGAAUCUCUCUAAACUGAUCAAUGAAGAGGCAUCAUAAGAGAAUGUAUUGUUGUAAUAUUUAUGUAACCAUAUGGGGAAUGAUGUUAUACAGUGAGAAGUAAAGCAGCUAUAUAUUUACAAAUACCUGUU